GGGGUCGAGAGAUGCAGUGUCGAAGUCAUCAUCGGAGGUGGGUUGAGUGGUGUCGUUAUGGAAAAUGAGGGGGCGAAAGGGAGCGGGCACGGACUGGUGAUGGGGAUGGAGGAGUCGAUCGUGGUGAAGCAUGCGAGAGAGGAGGUCAGCAAGGGGCAUGUCGGGUUCGUGGGCGAGGGCGGUUGCAAGAUCUUUGUGGCAUACUUGCUUGAUGCGGGAGAUGAACGCAAAGUCGGGAAUGACGGUGGUGGGGAGGUGAUGGCAGAGGGAGCAGAUGUAUUGGAUGAAGCGGUCUGUGGGACCGGUCUGGCGGAGGUGACAAAGGUAGUCAUCAAUGGUUUUCUGGGGGCGGAAGGUGGCAGUGAGAAGUUUGGCCCAUUGGAGGAAGGAGUGACGUAAGGUGGUAGGAGUGGAGGAGGUCGGCGGGGGGUGUUGCAGGAGGCGGUUGUGGAGGAGGGAGUGGUUUACGCUGUGGAGGAUGGAGUGGUUUGCGCUGUGGAAGAGGGAGUGGUUUGCGCUAUGGAGGAGGGAGGUGGAGCCGUGGUGACGACCGUGAUGGAGGGGAUGGUCCCUUCGAUCGUGGUGACGCGGUCGCAUAUGGAUGACAUGUUGGCCUUUAUGUCGUUGAGAGAGGCGGUGACGGAGGUUCGGAGGGUCUUGAGUGUGUUGUGGGCGAUGCUAUCGACCGAGUCGGUGCGGAUGUCCCACAUGUUGAUGGAGGAUGCGGUCAUGUCGGGGGAAGAGGGGGUGGAGGACGCGGACGGAACGGAUGUGGAGGAUAUCGCAGCAGCGGUGGCAGCGGCAGCAGCGGCGGCGACGGUGGCGGCACGUUAGGAGUUCUUGGUUUGGCGUGGUGGCAUGUGGGGAUGGGGGGGACAAUUCCUAUUUACAAGAAUAAAGCAUAAAUUAAUUU